ACUAGCCGUUAACUGAUAAACAAAACAUGAAGAAUUGACUCUGUCUCCGACCUCACUUGUUCCCUCACUCAGAUAUUUCUCCCUCUUUAUUUAUCUUCCAUUUCAUUUCUUCACUUGCACAAAAAAUAAAAAAGUUCACAACUUGAGCUCAACCCGAAAAAAGCUCACUCCUUUAAUCUUCUCUUCGGGUUUCCAUUCGCUUGUUUUCUCCAGCAUCUUCGAAUCUUCCUGGACAUUGUGGUCCUUCGAUGUUCAUGGAAAAUAAGUUGUUGUUUGUCAUCCAUGCCUUCCUCUUUGUUCAGCUAUUAAUUGUCACUUACCAGCCUGUUUCGGGCCAGCGAGGGAAUGAUGGAGUGAUUGUGACUCAGUCCGAUUACCAAGCUCUUCGAGCAUUCAAGCGCGAGCUUGUUGAUUUCACUGGUGCACUGCGCAGCUGGAAUGACAGCGGACAUGGAGCUUGCUUGGGCGGGUGGGCAGGGAUCAAGUGUGUGAACGGACAGGUCAUUGCAAUCCAGCUUCCGUGGAAGAGGCUCGGGGGCAGAAUCUCGGAAAAGAUUGGCCAGCUGCAAGCGCUUCGGAAGCUCAGCCUGCACGACAAUGUCGUGGCUGGCCCUGUCCCUUUGUCUCUUGGCUUCCUUCCCAAUCUCAGAGGGGUUUACCUCUUCAACAACCGGCUUUCGGGUUCUAUCCCGCCUUCGAUUGGUAACUGCCCUCUUCUUCAAACUCUUGAUUUGAGCAAAAAUUCGCUUACAGGUACAAUCCCUUCUAGUCUUGCAAAUUCUACCAAGCUGUACAGACUUAAUCUGAGCUUCAAUUCGCUUUCGGGUUUCAUCCCAACUAGUCUCACCAAGUCCCCUUCCCUCAUCAUCCUUGCCCUCCAACACAACAACCUCUCUGGUCCUAUUCCAAGCACUUGGGGUGCAGGAAAUCGAAAUCAUAGUUACAAACUUACGAUCCUGACCCUUGAUAAUAAUCUGAUUUCCGGAACCAUUCCAAGUUCUCUGAGCAAAAUGGGUUUUCUUGAAGAGAUUUAUUUGAACAACAACCAGAUUUCCGGGACCAUUCCCGACGAAAUAGGGGAGCUCACAAGGCUCCAGAAGCUAGACUUAUCCAACAAUGCCAUCAAUGGCAGCUUCCCUUCUAGCUUCUCCAACCUCUCCUCCCUUGUUUCGUUGAACCUCGAGGGCAACCGCCUCAAUAACCAAAUCCCGGAAGGCCUGGAAAGGUUGCAGAACCUCUCAGUACUUAACUUGAAGAAAAACAAUUUCAGUGGCCACAUUCCAGUAUCUGUUGGCAAUAUCUCUGGAAUUUACCAACUCGAUUUAUCCGAAAACAACUUCAGUGGUAAAAUUCCUGCUUCACUUUCCAGCCUAGCCAAUCUCACUUCCUUCAAUGUUUCUCACAACAAUCUCUCUGGCCCCGUCCCUUCUCUCCUCUCGAAAAAGUUCAAUACUAGCUCUUUUGCGGGCAAUCUUCAGCUGUGCGGGUACAGCGCUUCAACUCCGUGUUCUUCUCCCCCGCCUCAGAUUCUUCCAUCUUCUCCGCCAACAGAGCAGCCUUUGAAGAAAAAACAUCACCACAAACUUAGUACGAAGGACAAAAUUCUCAUAGCGGCGGGUUCCCUCCUGGCGGUUCUGCUUCUACUCUGCUGCAUUCUGCUUGUUUGUUUGGUCAGGAAAAGGUCUGCUUCAAAAGGAAUGAAUGGUACAACGGCUAAGCAAGCCGCUGAUGCUGGGAUCGCUGCCAAGGCAGUUCCUGGUGGUACCGGAGUUGAAUAUGGCGGUGAAGCGGGUGGGAAGCUUGUUCAUUUUGAUGGGCCGUUUGUUUUCACAGCUGACGACCUGCUGUGUGCCACUGCUGAAAUAAUGGGGAAGAGCACAUAUGGGACUGCAUACAAGGCAACAUUAGAGGAAGGAAAUGAAGUUGCAGUGAAGAGAUUGAGGGAAAAGACAACGAAAGGUCAGAAGGAAUUCGAAACUGAAGCUGCAGCAAUUGGGAAGAUUCGCCACCCGAAUCUCUUGGCUCUGAGGGCUUAUUACUUGGGACCUAAGGGAGAGAAGCUUCUCGUCUUCGAUUACAUGUCUAAGGGUAGCCUUGCAUCUUUCCUUCAUGCUCGAGGGCCAGACACCAUCAUUGAUUGGCCAACAAGGAUGAACAUAGCGAUCGGCAUCACUCGUGGACUAUGCUACCUCCACAACGACGAGAACAUUGUACAUGGCAAUCUCACAUCCAGCAACAUUCUACUUGAUGAGCAGACCAAUGCUCACAUUGCAGACUUUGGCCUUUCGCGCCUCAUGACUGCGGCCGCCAACACCACUGUGAUCGCCACCGCAGGAACUCUCGGCUACAACGCACCUGAGCUCUCAAAGUCCAAGAAGGCCACAACAAAGACUGAUGUGUACAGCCUUGGGGUGCUCAUACUGGAGCUCCUGACAGGAAAAUCCCCCGGGGAACCGAUGAACAGCAUGGAUUUGCCCCAGUGGGUGGCAUCAAUUGUGAAAGAGGAGUGGACAAAUGAAGUUUUUGACUUGGAGCUCGUGAGGGAUGUGCAAACCAUAGGUGACCUGCUGCUUAACACAUUGAAGUUGGCUCUGCAUUGUGUGGAUCCAUCGCCGGCUGCGCGGCCGGAAGCUCAGCAGGUUCUGCAGCAGCUGGAGGAGAUUAAGCCUGAUCAGGCAACUGGUGGUUCUGCAGCUGAAGGAGGAGCUGAAGUACCCCCACAAGAAGCUGAGUAAAAAAGGGUUUAUUACUUUAUUUGGGAUAAAUGUGGGUUUUGUUGUUAUCUUAUCACUUAAUUUGUUCAUAGGAUUAGGAGGAGGUAUAGGCAUUAAAAUUAAAUUAUAUUCUUUGGUAUAUGUAAAUACAGGAUUUAGUUAUAUUUUUUUAUUCUUUUUGUUGGGGAUAAUAAUCUACUCUUUCAAGUUGUGUUUCUGUUAACAAAGCAGAAGAAUGAAUGUUUUAUUAUGUUAUAUUA